GGCGAGGAGGACAAGCAAGAAGUUGGUUGGAGAUGGCUGAAGAAGCGGCUGAAGCAACGUCGUCUUUGGGUGGAGGGGAACGCAAGGAGACAGGCAUCAGUAAAGAUGGUGGUGGUGAUGAUGAUGAUGGUGGUGGUGGUGGUGGUGGUGGUGGAAAUAGGACGUGUAGCGUACGGGAGGAGCACGUUUGCUUCCUGUGCAUGGGCUUGCUGAUUCCGCCAGUGGUCCUGCCCUGCACACAUAGGGUAUGUGAGGAGUGCUUUCGAAGGAUAGAGGAGCUGAGCAACAUGGAGUGUCCCAUGUGUCGUCGGCGUUUGCAUGUCUGGUGCCGCAAGUUGAAGGGUUCUGUGGUUGAUCAAACGCUGUGGGAGGAGAUGCAGCGCCUGUACCCCAAACAAUGCCAAGCACAUACGAAAGAUCUGGGCGACUUGGAGGAUCAGUUAACAGCCCAGCCAAGGCCGCGACUGGCUUCGGACGGCGAGGUGCGCGCGGAGUAUGAAGCGGAGGUCGCGCGGCUGGAGGCGGAGCGGCGGGCAGAGGAGGAGGCGAGCAUGCAGGCCAUACGCCAGCUCGCACAGACCGACGACGAAAUCAGGAAGCAGCUUGAGGAGGAGGAGAGGGUGAAGCGGGAUCUCGAGUACGCACAGCGGUUGAUGGAGGAGGAGGAGGCGGCGUCGUCACAGCCAUCAUCAUCGCAGUCGCUGCCAGUGACCAUGUCUUCCACAACGUCGUCGUCGUGUGCGCCUGGCGAGGCUCUGUCGGCAAAGGCGAUUGAAGCGGGCGUGGUUGCGCGCGGACAUGACAGACAAGGAUUUACGGCAACAGCAGCCACUCAUUCCAGCACAUCACAGCGGCGGCGGCCGAAGUUGACGCGCAGCGCAUCGAGCGGCGCGGGCCGGGCGAGGAAAAGAGCAAAACACCAGCAGCAGCAGCAGCAACGCAGGUCCAAGGUGGAGAGGCGGCGCACCAUUGAAUCGUUCAUGAGCGAGCAGGCGGCCAGACCACGCCGACGGCGUGACCACGCCACGCAGGUGCUGGAUGACGAUGGUGAAGACGUAACAGGAAACGGACAUGGUGACAGCACCUCAUCGCACACGCGCGGACCACAGCACGGGCACACAGCAGCAAGGAGGAGACACAAGGAACACCGCGGCGUUGAAGCAGGUCACGGUGACUGUUCUUCCUCGAGCAGUGGUCGUGGUGCUGAGGCAAGACUGCCGACGCACACGCAAUGCCCCAUCUGCUUCCGGCCGAUCCAUAACGACCUGAUUGUUCCACAUGCGGCGUCGUGCACGGGCCACUGGACGCGGCAACAUUGCGACGGCGACGAUCACCAUCAUGACGACGACGACGACGACGACAACGACGACAGUGAUGCAGUGGUGGAGGUCCACCACGACCACGAGCGUACGCGCACGAGGCACCAGUGACUGUUGGGCUGUGAGUGGUGGAGGUGGUGGCGGUGGUGAUAAUAAUGUAUGGUGGUGGAACGUAUGGAUAAGCAACUUCUUUUUGUUAUUGUUAUGCUCACAACACAAAUGGUAAAUGACUGACAAAUCUG